AAAGAAACCAAAUAAGCAUACAUCAUAUAUAAAAUACAAGAUAAUGAUCAUCAAAAGGGAAAUUAAAGGUACAAUCAUACGGAUCAUAUAUGUGUAAUCAAUCAAACACAAGACACCACAAUGAAACAACUCAUUAUAGUUUAGAAAUACAGAAAACUCAUGAAUUAGCUAAUCAUUCAAGGACUCGAUGCAGCUGUAGUAGGCGGAGGAGAGAAAAAGGGAAUGGAUGGGAAACUAGUGGGGAGAGAAGGGAUUGUUGUUGGAAAUGAAGGCAAAGUUGGCAUUGAAAAUGGAGAGGUGGAAGUGGGAAUAGUUGGAAGAGUUGGUUGUGGUAAUGUUGAUGGCAAUGGAGGAAUUGAAGUGGGAAUGGUUGGAAGAGUUGGUUGUGGCAAUGUUGAUGGCAAUGGAGGAAUUGAAGUGGGAAUGGUGGGGAGAGUUGGUUGUGGCAUGGUCGAUGGCAAUGGAGGUAGUCCCGUUGUUGGGAUAGGCAUGUUUGGAAUUUGAGGAAGAGGUUGUUGCUGAAGAAGAUGUCGUGAAGCCGAACAAGUAUUGAUCAUAAUAGUGGAAGAAAGAGUCACUAAGCAAGCAAUGAGAAAAAGCUUGUACGAGGCCAUCUUUGAUGUGUUGAUGAGUUUUAGAUUAUGGUUAAGCCACUCUCUUAUUGCU